UUGUAUAGCGACUGCUUAAGUAUCAACUGAUUACAUUUUAUGCGUUUGGUGCAAAAUUAAGAUAAAUCCACAAAAAAUGACCGAGGAAGCUGAUUUCAGCGAGCAAAUCGCCGAUGGAAAAAACAAAUCAAAUGUUCGCUGCCAGUUCUGCAACAGUUUGAUGCUGAAAGCCCAAGAGGGCACCUACAACCAGGAGGAGGUGGAUGUGCCACUGAUGAUGCAGAAGCAGGACCGAACAGCGGACAGCCUAAACAGCGAGCCACUGAAGGACUUCUGGCUGGUCAAGGACAUGAUGACGUUCGAGAACAUCGGCUUCUCCAACACGCUGGACGGCAGGAAGUUUCUGGUUUGUGCGGACUGCGAGCGAGGACCCGUGGGCUACCACGAUUUGAGCACCCGCCACUGCUUCCUGGCCCUCAAGAGGGUGGUCCACAAGGACACCUAGCUGCACCAGUGCUAAAUAAUCAUGUCCAGUCUCUUGCAAUCCAUUUAAUAUGCUGAUCUUUACCAUGCCACGGAAUAUAGGCGAUUUUCAUUUGAUUUAGGUAGAGCUUUUAGUUAUUACAUAUAGACUCACUAUUUUGUACACUAUCAUCCGCUUGUUACCUCAAGUAUCUAUGCUUUUACUAAAUAUUCCAAACGAAUUCGCUUAAAAUCCGUGAAAUUGAAAUCCUAGUUUGUCGAGUUUAUAUUUAAGCGAAAUAAAACGCUUACGUGUCUGGUUACCAAA